UUCGUACUCGUUGCAAAAUUUAAUCAGCCUCAAAUUUGCUAUCGAAGUUGAUAAGAAAGUCUGUUGGUGCGCUAUCAGUUGCCGGUGGGUGAUGGAGCUAGUACAUUGAUCUGAUACAGCUAAAAACCAAUGUGAUCAAUUCAAUCCAUCAUAUUGAAAUCGAAAGCAAAUUAAAGACGGUCAGCUCUAACAUUGAAUGCAGUGAAAAUUGUAAUUGCAAUUGGUGGAAAAAAUGGCAAAAUAUUACGAAAGUUCCACCGUCUAUAAUUAUUCUUGGGAGCAAGUUACACAAGGCUUUUGGAAUCGCUACCCAAAUCCGUUCAGCUCGCACGUGCUCUCGGAGGACACCGUCUGUCGGGAAAUACGAAAUGGAAAAUUACAUAGCAAACGUCUUUUGACCAAGACGAACCAUGUGCCGAAAUGGGGUGAACGUUUCUUCAAGGCAAAGUCGGUUAACAUCGUAGAGGAAUCGGUGGUGGAUCCAUGCGAAAGGACUCUCGUGACGUACACUCGGAACAUUGGAUUUAAUAAAAUAAUGAGCGUUGUAGAAAAAGUUGUGUACAAAUCGUUGCCGGAAUCUCCGGGGAAAACGAUUGCCAUACGAUCGGCGUGGAUAGACUCAUCCGUUUAUGGGUUCGGUACGGCCAUUCGAGCGUUCGGUCUGGAUCGGUUCAAGAAAAAUUGUGCCAAGACGGUGAAUGGAUUCAACUACGUUUUGCAGCACAUGUUUCCCAACAACCCUGUAGCGCUGGCCGCGGCAGCCGCUGCUAGCAAAGAUCAGCAUGGUUCAAAGGCACAAAAAUUGCGCGAUGCCGCCAAACACGCCUCCGAUCACAUGAAGGCUCAAGCCGAGCACUUGGUACAAAAUCUCUCCGUUAAAGGUUAAGAAAAAAAUGCGAGAAAUGGGUGUUACAAGAACUGUUUCGGUAUUGGACCGAUUUUAUUGGAGCGUCUGCCGGGCGGAUAAUUCCGGCAUUAGCUUUCUCUGAUCCAUAUAAUGUUACCGAUAGGAAGCUUUGAUAAUGUCUUGAUCGCUUCGGAAAGAUUGUUUAAGAGCUGUGUUAAUGCGUAGAAGGCUGUAGCUAUUCGUAAACGGCCGAAAGCGGUAUUUUGAUGAUGUAUUCGUCAUAUUAAUCUUCAUCACACUUAACGCAAGUAUCUCCUUUCACUACUGUUCCUUCCGGUCAAGCUCUUAUACUCAUAUGGAACAAAUUUUUUUAAAAAAUUAUCAAUGAUCUGUAUCAUAUGAACCCUUCCGAUUGGAUUUCUCGAUUGUUCAGAAUGAUAUUACUCCGACAACCCGAGAAUACCCGCUGAUCAUUCCACGUGAUUAUUAGUGUUUUGAGGCAUUCGUAAAUGCAGGCAGUUCGCUUACAAAACCGUUAAAAAUGAACAAAGAAAAAGAUACCUAUGAUGCGCUAAAUGAUUGAUGAACACUAGCAUAACAUACAAAGAUGAAAUAACGAUAGACUAGUGUACACGAGGAGGAAGAAGAUACGAAUAAAACUCUUCUGUAACUGGGGAAAAAGGUAGAAAAUAGAAUUAAAUAAACUAGAACAUUCAAUUGUAUGCUACACUAAAAUAAUA